CAAAGAUGGCCGCCCCCGGUGAGGCCGUGCGGUGUGUGCGCCUGCGCGUGCGCUUUUCCCGUCCCGGGCCACUUUCGUGGGCGCCUUGUUUGCCGCAGCAGCACCUGACCGGCCCGACGCCGCGGACGACGGAAGAGAUGCUGGGACUCUCGCUGCUGCUGGGCUUCAGCACCGGCUGGCUGGCCUACUACUGGGCGCGCGUCCCUAAGCCCCCACUGCUGGUGGCUUGCCAGCCCUUCCGCUCCUUCCUGGAGAAAUAUUGCCCCAUUGUGAAUGAGACCUUUUACCCUACACCGUGGUGCUUCGAAGGACGGCUCCAGACCAUCGUCCGCGUCUUCCUCAAGUCCAGCCCGCCCGUCUCCUACCACAGUGAAGUGCUGAGGACCGCAGACGGAGGUCAACUGCUGCUGGAUUGGGCCGAUGGCGAGAGCGGGCAGCACCCUGACCCAGAGAGCUGCCCCAUUGUCCUGUUCCUGCCAGGACUGACGGGCAACAGCCAGGAGACCUACAUUCUGCACAUGGUCCGAAGCGUCCAGCAACAGGGCUACAGGGCUGUUGUGUUCAACAACCGAGGCUGCAAAGGAGAGGAGCUGCUGACACACAGGGCUUUCUGCGCCAACGACACUGAAGACCUGGAGCUGGUGGUGGGGCACAUCAAGAGCCGCUUCCCCCGGGCCCCCCUGAUGGCGGUGGGCGUUUCGCUGGGCGGGAUCCUGGUGCUGAACUACCUGGGGCGCAAAGGCCCCGAAGCCGGACUGGUGGCCGCCAUGACGUGCUCCGUCAGCUGGGACUCCUUCGAGACCACCCACUCCCUGGAGAGACCCCUCAACCAGGUGCUCUUCAAUCAACACCUGACAUCCAACCUCCGCAAGCUCAUCCAGCGGCACAGGAAGGUCAUUGCUGAGCGAAUUGAUGUGGACCACGUGCUGAAGGCGCGCAGCAUCCGGGAGUUUGACGAGCGCUACACGGCCGUGGUCUUUGGCUACAACUCCUGCGAGGAAUACUAUCAGGCCGCCAGCCCCUGCCAGAAGGUGCACAGCUUCCGUGUCCCGGUGCUGUGCCUCAACGCCUCCGACGACCCUUUCUCCCCGCUUCACGCCAUCCCUGUGAAGGAAGCCCAGAGCGUCUCCACCCUGGCGCUGCUGGUGACGGCACGAGGGGGGCACAUUGGCUUCCUGGAGGGGCUCCUGCCGCGCCACCAGAGCUACAUGGACCGCGUCUUCACCCAGUUUGCGCAUGCCGUCUUUGAGCACCAGGAAGAGCUGGCGGCAGCCGUGGUAGCAGAGCAGGAGCAGCAGCCGCAGCAGCAGUGCCAUGAACAGGGGCUAGGAGCCCAGGUGGCAACCUCCUAAGCAGAAGCCAGGGAGGAGGAGGAGGGCCCCGCGGCCCCCAGCACAGGCCCUGUGAGCCCCACAGGUGGAGGGCCUGAGCUUGUGGCCCUCUUCCUUCCAUGGGGGGAGGCCAGAGGCCAGGAGGGCCAGCAGCCCCUCCAAGGGCCUGGCCUCUGUCCUUCAGGAGGGGCUUCCAGCCAGCGGUGCUGCUGGCACCAGGACCAAGCAGAAUCCAAGAUGGCUUUU